AUGCCGUCAGUGUAUGGAGCCCGUUUAACUACGUUCGAGGACUCGGAGAAGGAGAGCGAGUAUAAUUACGUUCGCAAGGUCUCGGGACCGGUCGUCGUUGCUGAUGGCAUGGCCGGGGCUGCUAUGUCCGAGCUUGUUCGUGUUGGACAUGACAACCUGAUUGGUGAGAUCAUUCGAUUGGAAGGAGAUUCUGCCACAAUCCAAGUUUAUGACGAAACAGCUGGGUUGAUGGUGAACGAUCCUAUUCUCCGUACACACAAAGCAUUGGUUCAGUUCAGUGAUGCGCAGAUUGCAUCUUUCACAAGGAAUGCCUUGGAUGGAAUGAGCAUAGGUAUCUCCUUCCAGAUCAUGUUGGUUCAUGCCACUUACGCAUUUCAUAUUCUGCCCACACUGAUCUAAAUAUAAAAUUCCAGUCUCAUCGUCGCAAAUCCAAAACGAAUGACGAGUCCAAAGUACAAUCAAUUUACUAUUCAAGCAGCUCAACUAUUGGAAGAUUAGGAAGAAGUUUCACUAUACUCUUUUUAGUUUUUCUAAUAAUAUUCCAUAUAUUAAGACUUUUUUUAAAAUUUUUUUUUUUCUAUUUUAAGAUUGCACAUUUUCUUUAAUUUUUGUUACAUAAUGUUUGCUUUAAAUUUUGCAAAACUUAUAUCUUGUUCCUCUAAAUUUUCUAUAAGUAAAUAAUAAAUAUUAUUUU